GAAGGAAAGUAGCGUUUUAAUGGUGUACAGUUGCUGCUGUAGUCAUGCUUCCCGCCACCCCCCGCCACAGAGGAAAGGAGCUAGGUUGUUGUUUGUGCCUCACUCCUCACCACCCUCAGACCGCGAUCUGCCAGUGAAUCUCAGUCGCAGAUCCAUAGCGGCUCACUGUCUGGGCUGAAACCUAUCCGGUAAGCGUCGAGCCGCGCCCCGAUUGGCCGUCGCCAUGACAACGCCCCUGGAGGCGGGGCUGCAGGGGGGCGUGGCCUGUUUGGGCAUCUGGCCCAGGGUGCUGGCUAGUCUUUAGUCGUUGGUCGUAGAGAGAGGCGCGUGGUGAUGCUGAGCGAGCGUGAGCCGAGCAUGGCGCUUUCGCCUCGGCUGGUAGUACCCAGUCCUGUGUUCGCGUUACCUACCCUCAACUUCACCGUAUCGCAGGUAGCAGCUGUUUGCGAGACCCUCGAGGAAAGUGGAGACAUUGAAAGGUUAGCGAGGUUCCUGUGGAGCCUGCCCGUGGCUCACCCCAACAUCGGCGAACUCAACAAGAACGAAGCUGUCCUCCGCGCGAGAGCCAUCGUUUCCUUCCACUCAGGCAACUACCGCGAAAUGUAUGCCAUCCUGGAGCAGCACAAGUUCACCAAAGACUCUCACGGCAAGCUGCAAGCCAUGUGGUUGGAAGCCCACUAUCAGGAAGCGGAGAAACUGCGCGGCAGACCCCUAGGUCCGGUGGACAAGUAUCGGGUGCGGAAGAAGUUCCCGCUGCCGCGGACUAUCUGGGACGGCGAGCAGAAGACGCACUGCUUCAAGGAGCGGACGCGGAGUUUGCUGCGUGAGUGGUACCUGCAGGAUCCCUAUCCGAACCCGACCAAGAAGCGUGAGUUGGCUCAGGCGACGGGCCUCACGCCCACGCAGGUCGGCAACUGGUUCAAGAACCGCCGGCAACGGGAUAGGGCCGCUGCCGCUAAAAACAGACUGCAACAACAGCAACUGGCAGCCCAGCUGGCUCACUCCCACCGAGGGGGUGGCAGGGGGCCACCUCCCUCGCCUCCACCCCCUUCGCACAGUCCUGCCACCUCUGACAGUGACAUCAGCCUAGGGGCGCCUUCGCCGGGGCCUCCACCACCUCCAAUGCUGCCCCUUUCCACCGCCUCCAAUAUCCUCUCAACCGCCUCCAGCAACCUGUCAACUCGGCCUCAGCUGGCGCUUCACCGCCCCUUCACACCGCCUCCACCCAGCCCGCGGUGCAUCACGUGAUACAGGCCCCCCCACCACCCGUCCCAUCCUGCGGCGGGCUGGUGAGGGCGACCUAAGGGCUAAACACAGUAUAGCACCUGUCGUCUAAAAGAACUAUCAAAUUAGUGUAUUAGUUCAGCAAUGAAAACACUAUUGUCAUUCUAUUGCGAACUGUGAAACGAAUACGAUUUGUGAAAUGGGUCAGCAUGAGAACUAUUCUUCUAGCUUAUAUAACAAUGGUGGAAAUGAAACUUUAUAAAGGGUCAAGCUAUGCAUAUUUACAAUAUUAUUCCAGGUUCUAUAAGAACUGUGUCACUAAGUUGUGUGUGUGUGUCCAAAACAAGGACUUUGUGUAAACAAGUAAAUAAAUUAUUAUUAGUGAGAUGGUUCAGGUGGCUCUGAUGAUUCUGCAAUAAUGUUAUUGCUUGCUUACUCAUAUGGGAAAAAUGUUAUUGCUUGCAUACGGUAGACAUAGUGGUCCACUACCACAGACUGUUAUAAUAUAGGUCGGCGACUGAAAAAACAUUUAUAAUGCUAUCUACAAAGUGGUUAAGAUGUUAGGAACAGUAGAGAAUUGAUUUAUCUAAGAAAACAGAUUAUCAAGUAGCCUAGAGACUGUACAAGAAAUGAAUCAUCAAGUAGCCUAUUAUUUUAGCUUACAUUUUUAAGAUUUGAGUAUUCUUGUAUGUGUGAUAAUGUAACAUUGCAAUAUUCUACAUUCUGUGCAGCCGGAAUAGCACCUUUUGAAAAUAUAGUUGUGAGUGCAGUAGGUUUCAAGUGCUGAAACACCAAGUGAUUGUUUUAAGCAAGCUGUAAACUGGCUUAGGGCACGAACAGAACGGUCAGGUAGAUAUGAAGAUGUAAGCUCCCUUGUGUUCUUAUAUACAUCCAUAUAUAUUAUAUAUCUAUAUCAAUUACUUCAAAUGUUUUUUCAGAGCUAUUAGUCCAAGUGGCAUAUUUCUUCACCAUGACAGUGAUAAAAACAUAUAGAGUCAUUGAUAUAGAUAAAAAAGAAUGCUAGCGAGCUGCAAUCUUCAUCUCGACGUGACCGUUGAGUUCGUACCCUCACUAAAUGAAUAGAAAAUCACUUCUUCAUUACACAAUAUUGAAAAUCUCUAAACAAAAUUCAGUUUGCAAACUAGGAAGGAAAUUGAGUAGUAUAUUAUAUAUGAACUAAUAUUGAAAUUCGAUUUCACAGAAUUUUUCAACCAAGUCGAAUAAUAUUAUUAGGUAAAAGAGCCCGGCCACACAAAGAUCCCAUGUGUUCCUAUAUCUAUAUCGGGAUCUCCAUUUCAUCUUGAAUUUAGAUAGAGAGACCUACAGGAUCGCAGAUUGCAGAUCACUCUCUGUGUGGCAGGGUCUCAUUUGAAAAUAAUUGAAUUAAAUUAAUUUUUCUAUUCAUUAAUUGUUUCUCUGAUAUUUUCAAGCCACAAAAAUAACUAAUUUAUGUUUGAUGAGAGAUGAAGGUACUAGGUAAGAGAGCAAAUGGAAUGAGUAGCUCACUAAAUGCUACUAACAAAUUAUCAAGAGGAAUAUAGACUAUAGCUACGCUUGAGGCCUAACUAUGAUAUUGUAAAGCAAUAGAAACCAUGUAAAUUACUAGAGCACAGUGUUGGCCCAUUGCAAUGUAAAUAGAGUUUGGAUGAUAGAAUUAAAGACUAUAAGUAUUUCUGUUACUUUAGUGUGAAUAAUUUAUUGUGAAUGAAAGAUUAUUAAUGCUGUUUAACAUUUCGUUAGUUCUAUUUUCUGUUAUAACAUUUUAUCAUAAAGUAUUUAUAUCGUAUGAAUUACUAUCAUGUCGAGAUGGAAUGUUGGGCUAAUUGUUGUAUUUUUUCAAUAUUGAAUAGGGAUAGUUCAUUUUACAAAAGUUUCACAAAAAUUUACAAAAUUUGUGUUUUUCAGUAAUAUUUUUAUCAUUUAUGCAGCAUGUAAGUAACAUAAUUACGUAUACAAUGACGUUUUCAAUUAUUGAAUAACAUAUUUAUUGGAAAAACACAAGAAGGAAAUUAUUGGAAUAACUCUUCUGAACGAGAUUUAGAGUAUGUAUAGUCUAUGAAGUAGUUAUCAAUUUUAUAUCUUUUAAAUCGUAUGCUAUACCUUAAAACUGAAAGAAGAAACUCAACCCUUGGAACAGAGCUGAUAGUUCGGAGUUACAAGAAACAGGUUUUUUCUACUUUUUCAUACUCUGACCAUUUUGUUUUGGAGAGACUCGACUAAACGAACAUAUUUGUUCUCCAUCUUCCAAAGAUUGAUACGUUAUGUAAAGAUUGAUACUGAUGGGCUGCUCCUUAUAAUACAAAUUAAUACGGUUUCCAACUUAUAAUCCUUGUGGAAUUUCUAAAUCGGUCAGUUUCCUUAUCUUCGUCGAAAACGAAAGCUUUGGCUCAUUAUAAUGAGCUUAUCUCCAUGUUGAGUUUCUGAUGAGCACUCAUUAAAUAACCGAAAUUCAGAGUACAGAACGGCAGACUCACAAACCAUCUGCAAGAAAUCAUCCAGUUGAUGAAUUCUUAGCACCUGGAGAACGCCUCCAGGAGAUAGAAGGAAUCUGAAUCUGAAAUUAUCAAGAUUUUAAACUCCAUAGGUUCUCAUUAUUAACUAUCAACUAAGUAUUGGUUCAAUCAUUCGAUUAACAUUUCCCCUAAUCAUAUAUUUUGAUAAUUCAUCGAUUGAAAUAAUAUUUUCUGACAUUUUUAGAGACAAUGACAGUUUGAUUAUAUUAUUCAAUUAUUCAGAUCUGAUUCAUGAGCCACAUCUCGUUGAGGUCAUUUCUAAAUUACUAGUGAUCAAUGCCGGAUCUGAUCGAUGUGUUUUGGUAUAGCGAGGUCCUUAUUUUAAUGGCAGUGUUGGAUUGACAUUGAUGUUGAUAACCUUGUCUAUCAUUUGACAAAGCAGAUAGCGCUAUCCUUUUGUGCUCCUCAACGUUGCCAGAUCGUUCAAUAAUUUGGAAAUAUAAUUAGUUAACAAAAUAUUCAAUCUCAAUAGAAAAAUGUCUUAUUGAAUCAUUGGAAAAUAUAUUUUCUUGACGAAUAAAAUAUGAUUGAUUAUUUUAAACAAGAAUGAACAGUUAAUAUUACAUCACAUAUAUACUGGUAUCAGCUAUCCUCUAGAAGGCAGUGGUAAGGCAGAGAAUCAGGAACGCUGCUGUCGUAUAUUUUCCACUGACAUUAUGACGUGGACCUCACUGAAGAUUCAACAAGAUACCAACGAUGGGAAUAGAACUAAAAAAAAAUUGAAAAUUUCAACUCAUAAAACACCAACUUUUUCAAUUCAUUUUCUACUCAAUUGAAGUGUAUCAAUGACUUCACAUAAUCCACUUAUUUAUUUAUCAAAUUAAAUAAAACACUUUUCAACAAGAACAAAUUCAAUGAAGGUUUUAAUUCAACUCCCACUAUUGAUUGGCCAAACUGCAAUAACAUGUAGCCAAAAUAUUGUUGAGCAUUAAAAAUUACUAGAUAUAACUGCAGUAGAUAGCAUUGACACUAUCUCUGCAUUGGUAAAUAGCAAUACAUUAAAUAUAAAAAUUUAAUAUGACUUAUAGGACAUUUGAAUAGGUUUUAAAAUUAAACAUCAUUUACAAGUUAUUUCUACUCAUUGUUGUCAAACAUCAUUGUCAACCCCAUUUUUCAAAUGAUUAUUGGAUUAUUAAUCGCGCGCGCAAGGGUCACCGUGGAGCAGGGAGCUUUUCAAUCAAAUUAGCGACAUAAUUGAAUUAAUACCGUAUCCGGUGCACGCUGUAUGAAAUAAAGUAACCGUUGAAACGAGUGUGACUACCCAAAUUGAAUUCAACGCUCACAGAAAUAGGUUCCUAGAACUCGACAUGUGGUAUAUCUUUAUUCAGCCCACUGAGCUCUAACCACUAUUCCUUCUCACUCACACCUUACCAACUCCCAUAACUCUUUCUCACUCCCACACUGAACCAAUUAGCGAGUCCAAUUAAAUGGAAUGACCAAGCUUGAAACUGCUGUACUAACCAUAUGAUCAUUGAAGGCUAAGCGUUUAGUCAUGAGUGAGAAAUGCCAGUAUUAAGACGUUUCUCGCUUUUCUUAACUUAUUGAAUGGGGUUUUACUCGCCUGCUUACAAGCUGUUCCCCGUUAAUAGAUUAGCUUCCACACCUGAAUAAACUGUUGGAUACAGGAUGUCGUUAAUUCGUUAGAUGAUUCAAUUAGGAUCUCUACCUGGGAUAUGAUCACACCUAUCAACUAGCUCUAUGCACCUUUUACACCUCAACGGCUCAAGUCGUUUGUACACAAUUGAAUUUCAAUCAAGUAGAGAAGUAUUUUUCGUCUAGUGAAGAAGUUUGAAAUACUUUAAGGCUAGGUUACCAGGCUAUAACGACUUCAAUUCAACAUAGAAAUAUUUUCAAAUGACUUCUAAGUCCAACAUCAACUUUGUUCAAAUAUGGGAGGAGAUUUCACGAGAUUGAAAGCAUUUCAACAGAUUUCUUUCAGAUAUUUCAUUUGAUGGAAACUUGAUUAUACAAACGGAUUUUUAUCUCAAACAAGGCUAUUAAUCAUUGAAUUGAUUAGCAUUAGAUCAAUUUAUGUUGUCAGUUCUAUUCAGGAACACAACUGGAUCAAUGAAUCAAAACAGAAUGAAUCAAUUUACAAAAGUGAAUUGAAUUUAUCAAUAAGUACUAAUUGUUCAAAAUUUAAUAUUUUCAUCGAUUACCCUGUUCAAAAAUAUUGUACCAUGACGGAUUUAAAUUUAGCGAUUUUUCUGUAGUAAGAAUACAAUAGUAUUUUAACUUUGAAUUGUAUAGAAGCAAUUAGCUCAGCAUGACAUUUUCAUGUAAACAUGUAUAUAAAUAAUCAUGAUACAGCAAUCACAAUUAUAUUGUAUAGAAGCCUCCUAUUUAUAUAAUAAAUAAAAGUAAUAUUAUAUGAAUACGAAACUCAACGAUUCGUGCAAAUGGUAUUAGUUAUGUAGAUAUUGUGUAUACUCAGCUUUAUAUAAUAUUAUCGGAGAAUAUUUUAUGUUGCAAGAAGUUUGAAUGUGUACAUAUCGAGAACUUAACAAGUGAUAUUAUUAUAAUGAUAGCGAAUAUUAUAUAAUAAAAUACAAUUAUUAAGAUUUAAGUUGA